UAUAUUUCAAAAGGUGCUGUUGUAGACCAGUUGGGUGGUGAUUUAAAUUCAACUCCUCUUCAUUGGGCUAUCCGGCAAGGGCAUUUACCUAUGGUCAUAUUGUUACUCCAAUAUGGUGCAGACCCUACUCUCAUUGAUGGAGAAGGAUUCAGCAGCAUUCACCUGGCAGUAUUAUUUCAACAUAUGCCUAUCAUAGCAUAUCUCAUCUCAAAGGGGCAGAGUGUGAAUAUGACAGAUGUGAAUGGGCAAACACCUCUCAUGUUAUCAGCUUACAAAGUAAUUGGAUCAGAACCAACUGGAUUUCUUUUAAAGUUUAAUCCUUCUCUCAAUGUUGUUGAUAAAGUACACCAAAACACUCCACUCCAUUGGGCAGUUGCAUCUGGAAAUGUCAAUGCAGUUGAUAAACUUUUGGAAGCUGGUUCUAGCCUAGACAUCCGAAAUGUUAAGGGAGAAACUCCUCUUGAUAUGGCUCUACAAAACAAAAAUCAGCUCAUUAUUCACAUGCUCAAAACAGAAGCCAAAACAAGAGUUAACCAAAAGUUCAAGCUUUGGAAAUGGUUACAGAAAUGUGAGCUCUUCCUGUUGCUGAUGCUCUCUGUGAUUACCAUGUGGGCUGUUGGAUACAUUCUAGACUUCAAUUCAGAUUCUUGGCUUUUAAAAGGAUGUCUUCUAGUAACAUUGUUUUUCUUGACAUCUUUGUUUCCAAGGUAUGUAUAUUAUUGGGGGCACAAUGUAAAGAAGAUAAGUUCUUAUGCAUCAAUGAUGAAGUUUGCUUAUAUCACAAUUGCUCUUACUAGUAGAAGGUUGACAUAUUCCUUAACUAGUCUUGAACAUACAGCAGGUAGCCCUUUCUAUUUUGUUUUCAUUUUCAGCAUUUUAGCUUUUCUCUACUUUUUCUACAAAACUUGGGCAACUGAUCCAGGCUUUACUAAGACUUCUGAAGAAGAAAGGAAAGUGAAUAUUGUUACCCUUGCAGAAACUGGCUCCCUGGAUUUCAGAACAUUUUGUACAUCAUGUCUUAUAAGGAAACCAUUAAGGUCACUCCAUUGCCAUGUGUGCAACUCUUGUGUGGCUCGAUAUGAUCAACACUGCUUUUGGACUGGACGGUGUGUAGGUUUUGGCAACCAUCACUAUUACAUAUUUUUCUUAUUUUUCCUUUCCCUGGUAUGUGACUGGAUUAUCUAUGGAACCUUCAUCUAUUGGUCAAAUCAUUGUGCUACAACUUUCAGGGAAGAUGGACUCUGGACCUACCUCAAUCAGAUUGUGGCCUGCUCUCCUUGGGUUUUAUAUAUCUUCAUGCUAGCCACUUUCCAUUUCUCAUGGUCAACAUUUUUAUUAAUAAAUCAACUCUUUCAGAUUGCUUUUCUGGGCCUGACCUCUCAUGAGAGAAUCAGCCUGAUAAAGCAGAGCAGGCAUAUGAAACAGUCAUUAUCCCUCAGGAAAACACCAUACAACCUUGGAGUCACACAGAACCUUGCAGAUUUCUUUCAGUGUGGCUGUUUUGGCUUAGUGAAGCCCUGCGUAGUAGAUUGGACAUCACAAUACACCAUGGUCUUUCACCCAGCCAAAGAGAAGGUUCUUCGCUCCGUAUGAAGAAAAACAACUAAAAACUCUCACUCUCAUUUUGGUUUUGUGUGUGUUGAUACCUUGUGGUCUGAAAGUGAAAUGAAAUUUAGAACUUGCCUAAAACCAAAGGAAAAUACAAGUGGUUUUGAAGCCUGUGGUAAAAUAGUUCUCAGUAAGUGCUUGCCUUCUUUCAGAUCUACAAGGAUGGACUGUUCCUGGACAAUUUUAGUAGACAUCACUAAAAAAGAAAUUUAUAUUUUUCCCCAAAGCAUAAAUUACUUUUUUAAAGAUAAUA